GUUUCAUUAUACAACAUGGUGGCAGCGGUGGGAUUUUAAUUCAUUAUUAGUGUGCAAAAACUAUUAUAUUAUCAAUUUAAUCGAUAAUUGAGUACCGUGUGUAGUCGUGAGUAGUGUGUGUAACAAUGGAACAUGCAAGACCACCGCCGGAGCUCAGUAUGGAUGGCAGCCCCGUCGGCCGGGCCGAUGCUUGGAAGAAGUGGAAAACACAAUUUCAGUUAUUUAUCAAAGCUGCCGGCGUUCACAAAGAAGAUCCAGCAGUGCAGGCCAGUUUAUUGAUUAAUUUAAUUGGGCCGGAUGGAUUCGACGUGUAUCAAACUUUUACAUUCGAAGAGGAGACGGAACGCGAUGACGUUGCAGUUCUGUUGAAAAAGUUCGACAGCUAUUUUGGCGUAAAACCUAAUAUUACCUUAGCCAGAUAUAAUUUUUUUACUAGAAACCAAACGGAAGGCGAAUCUAUAAACCAGUACGUCACGGCAUUAAAAAUUUUAAGCAAAAAUUGUGGAUUUUCGUCACUGGAAGAGGAACUAUUAAGAGAUAGAAUUGUGUGUGGUAUAAGAAAUACCGUAGUUCGAGAUCGUCUACUUCGCUCGGAUGAGUUAACAUUAGAAAAGGCGAUAAAAAUUUGUCAGGCCGAUGAAAUAUCAAUGGAUUGUUCGCGUCAGUUGGAGUCUGACGUGGGAAGAUCUGGGCGAGCGUCCAUCGACGCGGUGCAAGCGCGCGGCAGGGACCGCGGCGCAGUCGGCCGGCGAUGGAACGCGAACAGCUGUGAAAGUCGUGCGCCCGCGUCUCGUCGUGGAGGUAACGCCGCGGUCGGCCGUCGGUUCGAGCCUCGUCCUAGUGCAUCGGCGCCGGCGACGCCAUGCCCUAAUUGUGGGCAGUUUUGUGAAUUGCGUUCACAGUGUUUUGCUGCUGGUGUAAAGUGCUACAUUUGUCGUGGGCCUCAUUUUGCACGAAUGUGCUCAAAUAAAUCUAAAAAAGUGUAUGAUGUGUGCGCGGAAAAUUACGAUAAAGAUUCUGAUAGUGACGGUGGCGAGUCGUUUUUUGUAUCUAUUAUUGCGAAGGCGCCGCAAGGUACCUAUGCGGAGGACUGGUAUGAAACACUACGCGGAAAGCGAAAGUCCAGUUUUGGGUUGGUAGACUUGGAAACACCAGUGAAGAGGGUUCGGACUGAUUCAGAAACGCACACACCUAUUUCUCCAUGGGAAAUUAAGCAGAACAAGAUUAAUUUAAUUGCAGCAAAAGCCAGGAUAGCAAAACUUGAAUCCAUAGUCACUCGUCAACAAUCAAUUCAGAAAGAAAUGCAGAUAUUGUUUGAAGAUGAUAAAGCACAUCUGAUGGAACAGCAUAAGAGAGACGAGAGAAGUGUCUCUGACAUGAAAGAGAGGGUACAAUUCAUUACAAGGAGAGAACAAGAACUAAAGGAAGACUAUAAUAUGGCUAUUAAAGAGCACAAAGAGAGCAAACUCAAAUGGGAAAAUGAGAGAAAUGAGCUGCAGAAGCAAGUGGCCGAACUCAAAGAUAAAUUGUUGGAUGCAAAUGUCAGCAGUAAGGAUCAGCUGUCUGAAAUGAAAAAAGAUAUGGAUGAAUUAUUACAGGCCUUAGAAGGAGCACAACAAGAAGUAGAAAUACUCAAGAAAGAGGUCGCAAGGCAGACGGCCAGAGCUGAACAGUGCACCACACUGCGCACUCAAGUGGAGAAGCAGACCUUGGAACUGCAAACUGUGACUAACAAAUUGAAGGAGAUUGAGUAUGAAAGAGAUUCGUAUAAAGAUUGGCAGCAACAGGUUAAGACCGCCCAAAAACGCCUCGUCAAUAUGGCGGAGUUGGAGAAGGAAGUGGUCCGACUGAAGGCCACGGAGAGGUCUCUGCGAGACAUCGCUUGUAACAAGCUAGUGCUGGAGGAGCAAGUGCACUUGCUCACCACCAAGGUUGAGGCCCUACAACCCAUGCAGCAGGAGUUACAUGACGCCAAAGUAAAAAUAGCAACCCUAGAGUCAGCACUAGAAGACUGGAAGACCGCAGCACGGAACCACGGGAUAGAGUCAGCGAGGAAUUUGACCGCAACCCUGGAGUCAGCUCUCAACAGUCAGUUGACCGCCGUCGCGAACAGUUCUCAGGCGGGAGCUCAGCUAGCUCAGCUCACAGAGGAAGUAGCAACUCUCAAGUUCGAGCGAGAUAAGGCCACCGCUAAACUGAACGACCUUCAAAUUGUGCGAAAGAAUCAAGAGAGCCUCAUCCACCGGCUGCAGAAACGGUUGCUACUGGUCACCAGGGAGCGAGACAGUUAUAGGCAGCAACUGGACAGUUACGAGAAAGAGCUGACAGUCACACUGAGCGGGGCCACUGGAGCGGGUAACACAGCAUUGCUGUCAGCUAGAGUCGAGCAAUUGGAGAAAGCGCUGCAAGGCUACCGGGAUGUGCUGGCCAAUCAGGAUCAAGAGUCACAGGCGAAAGCUCUGGACAGCGCUCGUGCAGAGGCGAGCAAGUACCGCGAGGAAGCCGAGGCUGCCAAGCGCGAGGUUUCCAAGUUGAAGACGCAGAGAGACCAGCUGGAAGCUCAUCUGGAGAAACUAGCUGCGCCUACUAAGGUACUUCACUUGGCGGACAACCCCGCGGCGGCGGCACAGAAACAAAUGGAAGUGGACCUGCAGUCGGCUCAAGAAGAAAUAAAAAGUCUAAAAGCUGCACUAAGGGAAGGCGGAAGUCGAGCGUGCCCUGAAGAGUUGCAACAGUUACGCACUAAACUGGAGAAUAGUCGCAUUAAACUACAGAGGAUGAAGGAAGAGUUCACGUCUUCAGCGCAAGAGUACAGAGACGUGUGUUACAUGUUGCUAGGCUACAAAAUAGAUAGAACUGGCCAUAAGAACUACAGGAUAUCAAAUAUGUACGCGGAGUCGUCAGACGAGUACCUAACGUUCACGCUCUGCGACGACGGCAUAGAGAUGGUCCACACGGACUAUUCGGCGUCUCUCGGCGAGCUGGUGGAGCUGCACCUGCACCAUCACCACUCCAUACCGGUGUUCCUCAGCGCGCUCACCAUGGAACUCUUCACCAGGACCACCAUGCAACAGGAGAUCACAGGGAGUUAGGUGUCAGUGAGAGUUCUCAUGUGUAGAAGAAAAGUAUGUAGUAGAGACAUUCGUCGUUAAACAAUACUAUCGGACGCCUGUGAAUAAAUCUAUGUAAACUUUCAACUCCUAUUUCAUGCAUUUUACAAAAAUAAAACUCAAAACAUAAAUGAUUUAUAUAUAAAAAAAAAUUCAACUCAUUUUACCCUUUAUGGGUAAAAAAGGCGACGACGGCAUAGAGAUGGUCCAUGCAACUGGGAUCACUGGGAGUUAGGUGACAGUGAAAGUUCUCAUGUGUAGAAUAAGAGUAUGUAGUAGAGACAUUCCUCAUUUUAAACAAUACUAGUGGACGCCCGCGACUUCGCGUGUAUUGAUGUAAACUUUAAACUCUUAUUUCGUGUUUUAUUUAUAAUAAUGUCCACUAAUCAUUUUACAAAAAUAUCAAAACAUGAACGAUUUAUAUUGAAAAAACUUCACUAAUACGACAUAGAGAUGUUUCACACGGACUAUUCGGCGUCUAUCGGCGAGCUGGUGGAGGUUGCACCUGCACCAUCACCACUCCACACACCAUGGUACUCUUCACCAGGACCACCAUGCAACAGGAGAUCACAGGGAGUUAGGUGUCAGUGAGAGUUCUCAUAUGUAGAAGAAGAGUAUGUAGGAGAGACAUUCCUCGUUUUAUAUAAUACUAGCGGACGCCCGCGACUUCGGCCGCGUGGAAAUCGGUGUAAACUUUACCGUCUGUAAGCCGCCCCGACAUUUACUAGUCCAAUACAAGAAACCACUCAACAACAUUAAAAAUAACAUACCAAGUUUUACAAAUGAAAAAAAAAAAAAUUAACGACUUUCCAUAAAAACUUUCAACCUCUCAUUCACUUUAAUUUUCGUGAUAUAAAGAUCCUAUAACCUUCUUGGUAUUAUGGUCUCAAAACGUGCCAAAUUUAAUUUGAAUUCAUUUAGUAGUCUCAGUGUGAUUCAGCAAAAAUACUGACAGACAGAAAAAAAUAGUUUUUGGCUUUAGUGUCGAUUAUACAUAUAAUGCCCUCCAACUGAAAUUUUCAAAAUCUUCAUUGUAUUGAAUUUGACCUGUUACAGUUUUAUUAUAAGUAUAGUUGAUAGUAUAAUAAUAUAUAAUCUAAAUGUUUAUAAUAGCCCCAAUAGCUCAACGGUAAAGGGGCCGGACUCAACAUCCAGAGGUCGUGGGUUCGAUCCCCAUCCGCUGGAAUAUUGUCGUACCCACUCUUUUCCGACUAAUUAGUGGGGAUUGAAAAUAUAGGUCGUAUUUAGAAGAUAUGACUAAUGUUUUAAAAAUAAAUAUCUACCGAAUCUUAUAUGUUCCUACAACGCUCGAGUAAAUCUACAUUUAGCAUAAUGGGACCUGCCAUGAAAAUGCUUGGGACUAUUCAAAUUUCUCGCCUUGAUCUUUGUAUUAUAGAAUCUUGUACAUUUACAGUUGUAUGAUUUUUUUAAUCCUGUAUGUGUUUUAAAACUUGUCUGAUAUAGUAAGAUAAUUUAAAGUAAUAAUAAUAAAUGGCAUUUUGAUAUUACAA